CAAAGCAAGAGGAGAGACUUCCCACGGUCCCACCCCCAGCUGGACUCUGCCCUCCCCUGCCAGCACUCUCCUGCUGCCUCCACUCCCUCCUUGGAGCCCCGUUUGACAUCGUGUGCGCCGGAGGCUCCUGGAUGAGCAGGGAUCCCCGCAGGGGUGGCGAGGCCCCCCGUCCUUCCCGACGCCUGACGCCUCUCCCCAAGCCCCACGCUGGAUCAUGCAGUGCUUCCGAAGGCAGCCCAAGCGCAGCGUGUCCCAGGAAAACAUCCUACGGGAGCAGAGCAGUAGAGUGGCCGCGUUGAACGGCAUCAGGCUGGGCCUGAAAGAUGACAAGGAUCUGAAGUUCCUCCUGAAAGGCAGCCAGCUGCUAAAAGUGAAGUCAAGCUCUUGGAGAAAGGAACGGUUUUAUAAGCUCCAGGAGGACUGCAAAACCAUAUGGCAGGAAUCAAAGAAGAUGCUGAGGUCUCCAGAGUCACAGAUCUUCUCCAUUGAAGAUAUUCGGGAUGUGAGGUCAGGCCAUAAAACAGAAGGUAUGGAAAAAUACGCCAAGGAUGUCCCAGAGUAUCGCUGCUUUUCCAUCAUUUUCAAAGACCAGCGGAAAAAUCUGGACCUCAUUGCGAGUUCAGAGGAUGAUGCCAACCACUGGAUCUCCGGCCUUGGGAAAAUCAUAGCCCACAGCAACUCCAUGAACCAGAAACAGAAACUCCAACACUGGAUUCAUACCUGCCUACGGAAAGCUGAUAAAAACAAAGACAACAAGAUGAGCUUGAAAGAGCUCAAGAACUUCCUGAAAGAAGUGAACAUUGAAGUUGAUGACUAUCAUGCCAAGGAGAUUUUCCAGCACUGUGACAAGUCCAAAACAGAGGCUCUGGAGGAUGAUGAGAUAGAGGAAUUUUACAAGAUACUGACAGAGAGGAAGGAAAUAGACAAGAUCUUCCAAAAGUACUCAGAUGCAGAAGGGUUCAUGUCCUGCCAGAACCUGGUGAGGUUCCUCUAUGAGACACAGCAAGAAGAAGAUGCUGUUGUCGCUGCCCCUGCCUUAAUUCAGAGAUAUGAGCCCAAUGAAAGAGCCAAGAGGGGUAACGCCAUGACCAAAGAUGGUUUUCUGAUGUACCUGCUGUCUGAUGAUGGGAAUAUAUUCAACUCCUCCCACCGUAAAGUUUACCAGGACAUGACUCAACCUCUCAGCCACUACUUGGUGUCAUCCUCACACAAUACCUAUCUUAUGGAAGACCAGCUCACAGGUCCAAGCAGCACAGAAGCCUAUAUCAGAGCCCUCACCAAAGGCUGCCGCUGUGUGGAACUGGAUUGCUGGGAUGGCCCUAACUCGGAACCUGUCAUUUAUCAUGGCUACACUCUCACCUCCAAGAUCCUCUUCAGCGAUGUCAUUAAGGCCAUCAAGAACUAUGCUUUCAAAACCUCACCAUACCCUGUCAUCAUCUCCCUGGAGAACCACUGCAGUGUCGACCAGCAGAAGGUCAUGGCUCAGCACAUGACGACGAUCCUGCAGGACAUGCUCUUGGUUGCCCCAGUCGAUGGAAACAAAUCCCAGUUCCCCUCCCCAGAGCAAUUGAAAUGGAAGAUUCUUGUGAAAGGCAAGAAGCUGAGCAGGCAGGAGGACCCUGCCGGAACAAAUGGGAACAACAACCUAGAGGCUGAGGAUGUCUCUGAUGAAGAUGAAGCAGCUGAAAUCGAAGAUGAAUCAGUAAAGACUGAGAUACAGCAGAAGGGGAAGAGUGACACCUUGAAGCUGGCCAAGGAGCUGUCAGACACAGUUGUCUACUGCAAGAGCGUCCAUUUCAAUGGCUUUGAGGACCCCAGCCAUCCUCGGGCUUUCUACGAGAUGUCAUCGUUCACAGAGAGCAAAGCUCUGAAACUAGCCCAGGAAUCUGGAACCAGUUUUAUUCAUCACAACAUCAGGCACCUGAGCCGGAUCUACCCUGCAGGCUGGAGGACAGAUUCUUCCAACUACAACCCCAUCGACUUGUGGAAUGUUGGCUGCCAGAUUGUUGCUCUAAACUUCCAGACAGCAGGCACAGAAAUGGAUGUCUACCAGGGUCGGUUCCAGGACAAUGGGUUUUCUGGGUAUGUCUUAAAGCCGGAAUUCCUCCGGGAUGAGCAAACCAAAUUCAAUCCAAAAUCCAUCACAGAAGGAACAUGGGGGACAAAGAAGAAGCUUCUGCUUAAAAUCAUCUCUGGUCAGCAGCUGCCCAAGGUGAACAAAAGCAAAAACUCCAUUGUUGAUCCUAAGGUAACAAUAGAGAUCCACGGUGUCCAACAGGAUAACAACAAGAAGCAGACCAAAGUCAUUGAAAACAAUGGCUUUAACCCAAAGUGGGACGAAGAGUUUACAUUUGACAUCGAAAUCCCUGCACUUGCCCUGGUCCGGUUUGUGGUGGAAGACUUUGACAUGUCGACUAAGAACGACUUCAUCGGACAGUACACCCUUCCCUUCACUAGUUUGAAGCAAGGUUACCGCCACAUCCAUCUUCUGACCAAGAAUGGAGACCCAUACUCCUCCUCCACCCUCUUUGUGUACAUCGAUAUCCAGGACUGUGAUUAGCAGCUCAGCUCUUUCAGGGCACAGUGAACCUCAUUACAGACCUAGAAGGAAUUCAGCGUGCAAAGUCCGGCAAUGUCAGGGUCCUAUCAGAUCCCCAUUACCUUCUCCGGAGCAGCACAUGGUGCCCCAUAGGACCCCUGAUAACCAUCGACCUUCUCCCUUCUGCGUGCUGGAAGCAUCCUAAUGCUGCUGUUGAGAUUAAUCCUUUUGUACCUGUUUGACCAAUCCAGCUGUGGUUUUAGUUCACUUUAUUUAGUGUGAUUUUUUUAAUUCUGCUUUUAGCGAGAGGAUAGGGACUUCUUUUUAGCAAAGUACAGCUCUUGGAUUGGGUUCGGUCAGACAUCUGGACAAAACACCCAAUGUGUGCAAGAAAAAAAAUCCACCCCACCACUAAAAUCAGUGUCCAGAUGCCCGGUGACUUCUUGCAGCUUCAGAUGUCAGCCGUCUCUCACCAUAUGAAGUCUUAAACGGGGACAGAAUUUCCCCUCUUAUCUGUUACAGAUUCAAAAAGAAAGCUGCACUACAAAGGCCCAUGUUAUAUAACUCAACCUUCCUUUUGUAUUAUAAUAAAAAAUAGAUGAACACUACUCUGCCUGUGUGCCUGGCGCUCAGCCAGGUCACUUUGCAUUCAAAGCCCGGCUCUCGUCCUGCGAAGGAGAAAGAAGCUGCCGAGCGGCAGAUUUCCCUCUAACCCAAAGUGAAACCUGCUCAGAGGGACCUUAGAGAACGUCUGUUGCCCAUGACAAUGGAAAUGCGCUCAACUGACAGCAGGGCUUUUUUAAUGCAGUAAAACUUUCUUUGUUUGUGUUUUUAUAGAAAAACGUCAAUUUUUAACACAGAGGAAGUGGCAGUAGAAACUGUUGUAAAUGUGAACCCGGUCCCAGUUGCACUGUGGAGGUAACCUAGCACAAACAAACUAGCAUUUUGAACAGCAACACAGUGUUUAUGGCAAAAGGUGAUUUUUCUUCCAAGUACAACUACAGAGUUAAGGGAAUAUUGUUGAAUAAAAUAAUAUAUAUUUUGAAAUGCCAACUAUGUUAUUAACAAUAUGUUAGACUAUUAAAAGUAAAAAAAAAAAUAUGGAGAAAGUCCAAUUAGUUUUCAGUAUUUGCUUCUUCGUCUUACUUGAAUGCAACACACAUGAAGUUGGAGAUAGGGCUGCUUGAUUUCUUAAAGCUGUCAGUCUUUCUGGGGUUGUCAUGUCUGGUGGUGGAGAGGAUGGGCUACUACCAAAGAGGUUAAUGUCCUUUUAAACGAAUUCCAAUUCACUCAUUCCUCCACCUAUUUUAAUGUCCAAAAUAGCCUGGAGGUAGUGAUUCUUUGGCCCACUGCAAAACUGGGUUUCAUUUAGUCCUACCUGGAGUUUGUUAUGCUGCAGUAAUCGUUGCUGGACACAUCAUUGAUUUUUUCCUCUUCACUACAAUAUUGUGUGAUGUUGUAAACAAUUGCCAGAUUAAAUGUGAAUUAUAUCCACAA